AAAAAAAACCCGCGCGGUGGUGAUGGCGCCAUAAAAUCUCGGACCCCCAAUUGCAUUUUGCGUUUCGAUCUCUUAUUCCCGCCGGUGGGACCUCCACCCCGACGACAGCGACCCUCCUUCACUUCUGCAGCCUCACGCUCUCUCUCUCUCUCUCUCUCUCUCUCUCUCUCUGCAUCAGAGAAUCACUCUUCCAUCUCCUCUGCCUGUUGUUCCGUAUGAGCCACGGGUGUUUGGAGAACAAGAAAUUUCCUCUUUCCAUUACGAAGAAAUCGUCUUUCGUGGCUCUCAGAGACUCAAGGGUCACACAAUUGAAUCGUGUGAGUCUCGGUUUAUGAGCAGGGACGUUUCCAGACGUAUUUAGUUGUCUAUGGUGGCGGGCUGGCGGCUCUAGUCUUCGAGCACAGAAGGCAAUUGAUGAUGAAUGAUUCUGAGUUAUAAGGUUGCUUAUUAAUUUGUUUCUCGAAUUUGAGGAAUGGACGCCUCCUCGUGCGUUUUGUGUGGCGUCUCAACCCUAGCUUUGAAGUCGCCAAUCUUCACUCUCCGUUUCCAUCACAAUGCGCCUUCUUUGUUUUUCUCUUCUUCUUUUUCUUCUCACUCUCUUGGAUUCAUAUCUCUGUUCGGCAACAAUCCUGCCAUUUGGCGCGCUUCUCCUCAAACGUCUCGAUUAAGAUUCCAGAAAAUUGUCUGGAACAGCAGCGACGCAGGCGAUAGCAGCAGUAGUGCCAAGAAAAAAAGCCCUAGCAUAAACAAGAGGAAUCUCAACCUCAAGCCCAAUCCCACUACUUCUACUUCAGCUAGUUCUGCACAUAAAAGGGAAGCAGGGCGCCGGUGGCGGCGGCAGAGCCGGAGCUUACCGGAGAACAGGGCGGUGAACCUGCGCGCGAUGUACCAGACUGGAGAGCCGCUGGGGGGGAGGGAUCUGGGGAAGUGCGUGUUGGGGUGGAUUUGCCAGGGCAUGCGGGCCAUGGCCUCCGAUUUUGUGGCGGCGGAGAUGCGGGGGGAGUUCUCGGAGCUCCGGCAGCUGAUGGGACCAGGCCUUACCUUCGUUAUGCAGGCGCAGCCGUAUCUCAAUGCCGUUCCGAUGCCCCUAGGUCUCGAAGCCAUUUGCUUGAAGGCCUGCACCCACUACCCCACCCUCCUCGAGCACUUCCAGCGGGAGCUGAGGGAUGUCCUCCUGGAGCUCCAGCGGAAAUCGCAGGUCGAAAAUUGGCGUGACACUAAGUCCUGGAAGCUUUUCAAAGAACUCGCUAAUUCAGCUCAGCAUAGAGCAGCUGUGAGGAAGGUUUCCCAGCAAAAGCCUAUCCAUGGUGGUCUGGGAAUGGACCUUGAGAAGGCUAACAUUAUACAGAGCAGGAUUGACGAAUUUGCACAGAGGAUGUCUGGUUUACUUCAAAUAGAAAGGGAUGCUGAAUUGGAGUUUACCCAGGAGGAGUUGAAUGCGGUUCCUAAACCUGAUGAGAGCACUGAUUCGUUGAGACAGACUGAAUUCCUGGUUAGCCAUGGUCAGGCUCAGCAAGAACUCUGUGACACAAUUUGCAAUUUGAAUGCAGUUAGCACAUCUACUGGAUUAGGUGGAAUGCAUUUAGUACUGUUCAGGGUUGAGGGGAAUCACCGACUACCGCCAUCAAGCCUUUCUCCAGGAGACAUGGUCUGUGUGAGAACAUGCGAUAGCAGGGGUGCAGGUGCAACUUCUUGCAUGCAAGGGUUUGUUAACAACCUAGGGGAGGAUGGCUGUAGCAUUAGCGUCGCUCUUGAGUCCCGACACGGUGAUCCCACCUUUUCUAAGCUCUUUGGAAAGAGUGUGCGUAUUGAUCGUAUUCCUGGAUUGGCUGAUACCCUUACAUAUGAGCGUAAUUGUGAAGCCCUCAUGCUGCUGCAGAAGAAUGGUCUUCAGAAGAAAAAUCCUUCAAUUGCUGUUGUCGCAACACUAUUUGGAGAUGAAGGAGAUGUUUCAUGGUUGGAGGAGAAUCAAUUGACAGAUUGGGCCGAAGCAGAAUAUAAUGGACUGCUGGAGAGAGGAACUUAUGAUGAUUCCCAACGAAGAGCAAUUGCCCUAGGCUUUAAUAAGAAGCGACCAUUGUUGAUAGUCCAAGGCCCUCCUGGCACUGGAAAAUCUGGUUUGCUUAAGGAACUUAUCAUACUUGCCAUUCAACAAGGUGAAAGGGUGCUCGUAACAGCCCCUACAAAUGCAGCUGUGGAUAACAUGGUUGAAAUACUUUCAAACAUUGGUGUAAACAUUGUGCGCGUUGGCAAUCCAGCACGAAUAUCUACUGCAGUAGCUUCAAAAUCAUUGGUUGAACUGGUGAAUUCUAAGCUUGCAAAUUAUCGAGCAGAGUUUGAAAGAAAGAAGUCAGAUCUAAGAAAAGAUCUUAGACAUUGUCUAGAGGAUGAUUCUUUGGCUGCUGGAAUACGCCAGCUUCUAAAACAACUAGGAAAGAGAUUGAAGAAGAAGGAGAAGGAAACUGUGAAGGAAAUACUGUCAAGUGCUCAAAUCAUACUGGCCACUAACACUGGAGCAGCUGAUCCCCUGAUCCGUAGGCUGGAUGUCUUUGAUUUGGUUGUUAUUGAUGAAGCAGGGCAAGCAAUUGAACCAUCUUGCUGGAUUCCAAUAUUGCAAGGAAAGUGUUGUAUUCUUGCUGGUGAUCAAUGCCAACUAGCUCCCGUAAUUCUGUCCAGAAAAGCCUUAGAAGGUGGCCUUGGAAUCUCUCUCCUAGAGAGAGCGGUGACUUUGCAUGACGGAGUUCUUGCAACCAAGUUAACAACACAAUACCGAAUGAAUGAUGCAAUAGCUAGCUGGGCUUCAAAGGAGAUGUAUGGUGGAUCUCUAAAGUCCUCUUCAACUGUUGCUUCCCAUCUUCUUGUAGAUUCUGCAAUUGUCAAGCCCACAUGGAUAACACAAUGCCCAUUGCUUUUGCUUGAUACACGAAUGUCAUAUGGAAGCUUGUCAGUUGGCUGUGAGGAACAUUUAGACCCUGCUGGCACAGGCUCAUUUUAUAACAAAGGGGAAGCAGAUAUUGUUGUGCAACAUGUCAUUUCUUUGAUUUAUGCUGGUGUUAACCCAACCACUAUUGCGGUGCAGUCUCCUUACGUUGCUCAAGUACAGCUACUGAGGGAUAGGCUUGAUGAACUUCCGGAGGCUGAAGGCAUUGAGGUAGCGACCAUUGAUAGCUUUCAAGGCCGGGAGGCUGAUGCAGUAAUCAUAUCAAUGGUCCGCUCAAACACUCUAGGGGCUGUUGGAUUCUUGGGGGAUAGUAGGCGGAUGAAUGUUGCCAUAACGAGGGCACGAAAACACAUUGCAGUUGUCUGUGAUAGCUCUACGAUAUGCCACAACACUUUUUUGGCCAGGCUCUUGCGUCAUAUCCGAUAUUUUGGUAGAGUGAAGCAUGCCAAACCUGAGAGUUUUGGGGGUUAUGGACUUAGCAUGAACCCAAUGCUGCCAUCCAUUAGUUAGCAUUUCAUGAUUGGAUCAAUUGCAGAGUUCCUUUUUUCCAACAUCAACCAGCAAUUAUUUGGGAGCGAAAUUUUAAUAAAUACAUGUUCUCCUCUCCCGUCAGCAUUGAUCUGCUCCUGCAUCCAUUGAUAAACUGCAUAUUUUUCAACAUGCCUUCCAGAAGAAACUGAUGACUGAUUGGCACAAUCAUUGUUUGUAUGCUGUACAUAAAAAACUUCUAUAGCAUCCAUUGCGAUUUAAGUGCAUGGGAUGUUAAGACAACAAUCUAAAUCAUUUAUUCAUCACAAACAAAGGUUUAACAGAAAA